GUGGUAGAGCAACACUUGCCGGUUGCUGAAAAUUUUAAUUGUUUUUUUUUUCCGGUAUUAGCAUUAAGUUUAAAGUUUAUCAUUAGUAUGACGACGUGGGGCAAUAUCUGCCGCAUCUGCAGCAGCCCCGCAGACUACGAGAUAUUCGCCAAGAUUCCCACGUACUUGCACGGCUCCACAAACGAGUUUCUCAACUGGCAAAAGCCCAUAAACAUUCUGCUGGAGGAGACGACGGGCAUCAAAAACUCCACUGACGACGGGCUGCCACGCAACAUAUGUGCGCCGUGCAUCUCGUAUCUCAAGCAUGCCGUCACAUUCCGGGAGCAGUGCAUCAAGAACGCCCUGAGCCUGAAGCUGGCGGAGCUCUACCAGCAGAAGAGGGUCAACAUUUCGGAUGCGAACAAGAUAGACAAGGAGAGCGCCCUGUUCACGGCGGAGGAUCUGCGGUAUGUGGAGCAGAGGCCUGUGCACAAUCUUCUGCUGAACAACACCACCAAACUAGAGUCCUCCAAGGACAAAGUGCACAAGCGACUGCUCAAUCAGGCGGCUCCCCAGCUGGACGGCAAUGACGAGCAGAGGAUCCAGUACUUAAACGUGCUUUUCCACAAGCAGCAGCCUCACAACAGCAUGCCCAGGCACUCGCGAGAUAGCGAACUGCCAACGACCAGUCGUCAGAAUGACGAUGAAGAUGACGAUUAUGCGGUGGCCAGCUCCAGCGAUGACAACGAGGAGGCUGCGCUGCUGCGCAAGCACAAGAACUGCUACAACUACACCGAGACCAACUUCGAGGAGGACGAUCCCAUGGAGCAGGACCAGUUGCAGCUGCGCGACAUCAAGGUGAAUAUACCGGAGCCCAUGUGGAAGGAGCGCAAGUGUCCGGCAUGCUCCAAGCGCUUCAUGUUCGAGGACUCGCAGCAGUCGCAUCUGGACAACUGCGUCGAGUUCCAGUUCGUCACGUUUGUGACCGAGAUGACCAAGUUGCUGGAGAUUAGGCGACAGAAAAUGGUCUCGCCGCACGAGUUCAUCCGCCGCAUGAUAUUCGCACUGCACAAGACCUGCACCUGGCUUCAGGAACAUUCCAUAGACUCGCUUCUGGCCGAGAAGCUGCAUCAGGUAAAGGUGUCCAACGGUGAAAAGACAGCUGAGCCGCCAAUUUCUAUAGAAAUACCCGAUCCCCGCCCGGUGAUGGAACCACUAUUCGACUUUGCCAGCGGAACAACGACUCCGAUCACGGAGGAAAACAAUGUGCUGUACGCCAUUGAGCGUUCUGAGAGCCGUCACUCGCAGGGCACGCCCACGGUGAAGAAACCCAUUCCCAUUCGCGGUAAGACGGCGGUGAGAAUUGGGCUAGACAAGCACAGAGAGAGGGCUACGUUCCUCGAAAAACUUCAACGGGCCGCAGUCUCUCCUGGCACAGUUUCGAAAGGGCCAGCGCCGGUUUUCUCAGCACGCUGCGGGCAGUGCAAUUUAGUAUUUGACUCUGUCUCCGAACUGGAGGUACACAAUCACAAUGUCCACAGGGGCAACGAACUGAAUGCCGAAGACGAAGCCAAACGGCGUCAAAUAAUCGCCCUCUUUGAGGAUGAUAUUUAGGUUUUACAAAG